AUGGUGGAGAAGAAAAUAGCAGUGCGAUCCCAGGACCCAGGCCAGCGGCGCGUUUUGGACUGCGCUACGCGCCAGCGACGCUUAACCAGACAGCUAGAGGCACUUGAAAAGGACAAUUUCCAGGAUGAUCCUCAUGCCAGCCUACCCCAGCUGGCCAAGAGGCUCCCUCAGUUUGAUGACAGCAAUGAGUCUGGCAAGAAGAGGAAGAAGACAAGAGGAGAUCAUUUCAAAUUGAGAUUUCGGAAGAACUUCCAGGCUCUACUGGAGGAAGAGGAACUAAGUGGGAAUGAGGGACCUAACUACCUGACUGCUUGUGCCGAGCCCUCCAAACUGCCGCAGCGCCACUUCUGUGCUGUGUGUGGCUUCCCGUCUCCCUACACCUGCAUUUCCUGUGGGGCACGCUACUGCUGUGUCCGCUGCCUGGGCACACAUCAUGAAACCAGGUGUCUGAAGUGGACUGUGUGAUGCUCUCAGUUGGUACGUGUGAAUGGCUGCCUCAUUUUAUUGCUUGAUCAUAUGUCGUCCUGUCAUCAACUGAAGGACAGGUUUCUUUUUUGUGCAGCAUCAGAGUAUCUGAAUGAGCUGUAUGACUCCCGUCCAGUCAGUCUGUGUGAGCUAUAUGACUCUCAUCCUGUCCAUCUGAAUGAGCUGUAUGACUCCCGUCCAGUCAGUCUGUGUGAGCUAUAUGACUCCCGUCCAGUCAGCCUGUAUGAGCUAUAUGACUCCCAUCCUGUCCAUCUGAAUGAGCUGUAUGACUCCCGUCCAGUCAGUCUGUGUGAGCUAUAUGACUCUCAUCCAGUGAGUCUUAAUGAGUUGUUUGACUCCCAGUCAGUCUGAAUGAGCAAUAUGACUCCCGUCCAGUCAGUCUGUGUGAGCUAUAUGACUCCCAUCCUGUCCAUCUGAAUGAGCUGUAUGACUCCCGUCCAGUCAGUCUGUGUGAGCUAUAUGACUCCCGUCCAGUCAGCCUGUAUGAGCUAUAUGACUCCCAUCCUGUCCAUCUGAAUGAGCUGUAUGACUCCCGUCCAGUCAGUCUGUGUGAGCUAUAUGACUCCCGUCCAGUCAGCCUGUAUGAGCUAUAUGACUCCCAUCCUGUCCAUCUGAAUGAGCUGUAUGACUCCCGUCCAGUCAGUCUGUGUGAGCUAUAUGACUCUCAUCCAGUGAGUCUUAAUGAGUUGUUUGACUCCCAGUCAGUCUGAAUGAGCAAUAUGACUCCCGUCCAGUCAGUCUGAAUGAGCUGUAUGACUCCCAUGCUGUCUGUCUGAAUGAGCUGUAUGACUCCCGUCCAGUCAGUCUGAAUGAGCUGUAUGACUCCCGUCCAGUCAGUCUGAAUGAUCUGUAUGACUCCCAUCCUGUCCAUCUGAUUGAGCUGUAUGACUCCCGUCCAGUCAGCCUGUAUGAGCUAUAUGACUCUCAUCCAGUGAGUCUGAAUGAGUUGUUUGACUCCCAGUCAGUCUGAAUGAGCAAUAUGACUCCCGUCCAGUCAGUCUGAAUGAGCUGUAUGACUCCCAUCCUGUCUGUCUGAAUGAGCUGUAUGACUCCCAUCCUGUCUGUCUGAAUGAGCUGUAUGACUCCCGUCCAGUCAGUCUGAAUGAGCUGUAUGACUCCCAUCCUGUCUGUCUGAAUGAGCUGUAUGACUCCCAUCCUGUCUGUCUGAAUGAGCUGUAUGACUCCCGUCCAGUCAGUCUGAAUGAGCUGUAUGACUCCCAUCCUGUCUGUCUGAAUGAGCUGUAUGACUCCCAUCCUGUCCGUCUGAUUGAGCUGUAUGACUCCCGUCCAGUCCGUCUGAAUGAACUAUAUCACUCUCGUCCAGUAUGUCUGAAUGAGCCAUAUGACACCCAUCCAGUCAGUCUGAAUGAGCUGUAUGACUCCCUUCCAUAGCACCAGACAGUGGCUGAAUGGGGACAGUGCUGUUGCUAUCGCAACAGGCAUGUGGUGAUCUAAUGGGAGCCCCUGCAUGAGAUAGCGAUAACUCAGAAAGUGAAUGGUGUUCACUCCAUAGUGUGAGUCUGUGCUUUAGCCUAGGCCUGAAUUUGACAAUCAUAUACUGAACAAAAAUCAAAACGCAACAUGCAACAAUUUCAACCAUUUUACUGAGUUAAAGUUCAUAAAAGGAAAUCAGUCAAUUGAAAUCAGGUAAUUAGGCCCUAAUCUAUGGAUUUUACAUAACUGUGCAGGGCACAGCCAUCGGUGAGCCUGGGAGGACGUAGGCCCACCCACUUGGGAGCCAGGCCCUGCCAAUCAGAAUGAGUUUUUCCUCACAAAAUGACAUUAUUACAGACAGAAAUACUCCUCAGUUUCAUCAGCUGUCCGGGUGGCUGGUCUCAGAUGAUCCUGCAGUUGAAGAAGCCGGAUGUGGAGGUCCUGGACUGGCGUGGUUACACGCGGUCUGCGGUUUUGUGGCCGGUUGGACGUACUGCCAAAUUCUCUAAAAUGACAUUGGAGGCGGCUUAUAGUAGUGAAAUUAACAUUCAGUUCUCUGGCAACAGCUCUGGUGGACAUUCCUGCAGUCAGCAUGCCAAUUGCAUGCUCCCUCAAAAUUUGUGGCAUUGUGUUGUGUUUUAUAGAGUGGCCUUUUAUUGUCCCCAGCACAAAGUGCACCUAUGUAGUGAUCAUGCUGUUUAAUCAGCUUCUUGAUAUGCCACAUCUGUCAGGUGGGUGGAUUAUCUUGGCAAAGGAGAAAUGCUCACUAACAGGCAUGUAAACACAUUUGUGCACAAAAUUAGAGCAAAAUAUUAUUAAUGUGCGUAUGGCAAGUUUCUGGGAUAUUUUAUUUCAGCUCAUGAAACAUCAGACCAACACUUUACAUGUUUGCGUUUAUAUUUCUGUUCAGUAUAGAUUCAAAUCUGGAUUUUAUUAACAGGGCACUUUUGACGCCUCAGUACAAUUUUUUGAUUUAUCAACAACAACAAAAAAUACCUUGUAUGAGUGAUAUUUGUCUAAAAGCAAAAAAAGGACACUAAUUAUUAAAACCUUAAACCAGCA